UAUUUUUUGUUUUUUGUAUCUGUGUUCUGUUUAUACGUAAAAGAAUAUCGUUGCAGAGCAAUGGAUAAUGUUAAGGAAACUUCGUGUAGGCUUUGCCUUAAAAAUAUAACCGACGAAAGUUUUGAAGUGGUAGACAACAUUAUCAGAGAAAUGUUAGAUAUUCUUUUGCUGAAAUUGAAAUUUGAUAGCCUGAGCAAAAAGGUUAUAUGUAACGUUUGCAGAAGAAAGUUAAAUAAGGCGUCAGAAUUCAAGUCAACGUGUCUGAAUACCGAUAACACAAUUAUUCCUUAUGUGGAUAGCCAAAAAAUGUUACAGCUUGACCUAAGAGAAGUGUACGUGCAGGAAAAGAAAAGUGAAUUAGUUUGCAGUCAGAAAAUAUGUCGAUUGUGUAUACACCUAGUAGAAAGUGAGUAUAGGUGCAUAGGUGAUGGGGAACUUGAAGCUAUUGAGAAAUUGGCUCCUGAAAUGAAUAUAAAUAUCGUCAAAGAUCCCGUUGUUUGUAAGCCAUGCUUUGAUUCUCUGUGUACUCACAACAGUUUCCUUAAAGAUUGCUCAGAGGUAGAAGAGAAAAUUAAAAGUAACUUUUAUAGUUCAGCCACAGGAAGUCAAAUAGAUACGUCUCCACUGGAAUUAUUCGUUAAAACUGAAAACCUGGACGAGGAAUUCGAUAUAAAUGAGAUGGAAAUGUCGAUAAAAGCUGAAAGUAUUGACAUAAAAUCGGAAGAUGAGGAAAGGAGUUCAGCCACAGGAAGUCAAAUAGAUACGUCUCCACUGGAAUUAUUCGUUAAAACUGAAAACCUGGACGAGGAAUUCGAUAUAAAUGAGAUGGAAAUGUCGAUAAAAGCUGAAAGUAUUGACAUAAAAUCGGAAGAUGAGGAAAGGAGCGACAUGCUACUUCAGAGUUCCAAUGUUGUACUAUUCGAGGAGAGCUACUGUAAAGAUGAGGAAGGGUAUGGAUGUAAACAUGAGAAUGGAUCAGAAGUCGAAUCCAAGCAGGAGCGCAAAGUAUUGUAUAAAUGUGGGUCCUGUGACUAUAAAACUGAANAUGGUUGUCAUCACAAAACUGAAAACACGAACACUGGCUAA